AUGGCUGACCUAUUCAAUGUGACUGAGUUCAUUUUCCUGGGACUCUCUCCCAAUAAAGAGGUGCAGAGAGUUUGCUUUGUGCUAUUUCUGCUCUUGUACAUGGCCAUUGUGCUUGGGAAUCUUCUUAUGGUGGUCACUGUGGCAGUCAGCAGAAAUCUUGGAUCCCCAAUGUACUUCUUCCUCAGCUCCCUCUCCUUUGUGGAGAUCUGUUAUUCCUCCACGACAGCCCCCAAACUCAUCUUGGAUCUCCUUGCUGAAAAGAAAUCCAUAUCUGUGUGGGGCUGCAUGACACAGCUUUUCUUCCUCCACUACUUUGGUGGCAUUGAGAUUUUCCUGCUCACAGUGAUGGCCUAUGACCGCUAUGUGGCCAUCUGCAAGCCCCUGCACUACACCAGCAUCAUGAACCGAAAGGUGUGUAUAGUCCUUGUGGGAACAGCAUGGACGGGAGGAUUUGUGCAUUCUUUUGCCCAAAUAGUUCUCAUCUUUCCUUUGCCCUUCUGUGGACCCAAUACCAUUGACCAUUAUUUUUGUGAUGUGCUUCCUCUUCUUAAACUUGCCUGCUCAGACACCUUCCUCAUUGGUCUGCUGAUUGUUGCCAAUGCGGGGACACUGUCUGUGAUCAGCUUUGUGGUCCUCUUAGCAUCCUACGUGGUCAUCUUGUUCCACCUGAGAACUCAGAGUGCUGAGGGACGGCGCAAAGCUCUGUCCACCUGUGGGUCCCAUGUCACUGUGGUUAUAUUGUUCUUUGGUCCAUGUGUCUUCAUCUAUUCGAGGCCUUCUGAUACCCUGCCUGUAGACAAGAUAAUAGCUGUGUUCUACACGGUGAUAACCCCCCUCCUCAAUCCUCUCAUCUACUCCCUGAGAAGUGCGGAAGUGAAGAAAGCCAUGAAGGAUCUAUGGUUCAGGACAAUGAAAGCAGAUGAGAAAUAG